AUAUUUUAUCGUGCUGAACCUUUUUAAUGCCCGAAUCAUCUUUGUCUCGGAACCUCUGCAGUCUUAAAUAAACAAAUAUCAUAGCCUUUUAGGGAAUUGUAAUAUUUGUAGUGACACAAUAGGUGCUUGAACUUUCUAUUGCUUGCUAUAGAUACACUUUAACUUUAGGAAGAAUGCCUUUGUUAUCAUUUGCUCCCAGUUGUCUCAUAUGAAUUGUGUCCUCCUGUUAGCAGGGCAGUGAACACUGUAACUAGUUUAACCUUCUGUUGAUAAAGACAACAGUCGUGGAGUAUGUAUUGGCAAAAAUAAUGACGUUGAAUGAAGAUGCAAAUAGUAGAAGAAAAACUCAGUUAGUGUAAAAAAUAUAUGGACUUUUAUGGACUGCAUACUGUGAUGUAACCAGCCUGUACUUUAGAGCAUAUCGAUCAAAAUUGAAGUAGGCCUAGGAUUAUUAUAUUAAAGUGUUUUAAUGUUUUCUUUUCUAAUUCGUGGCAAAACUAGUUGGUUCCUCCCACGUAAUAUACUGUACCUGUAUGCUUUCAGAGUUAAUCCUAAGUGUUUGCUUCAAUAUGGUCUUUGUUUGUCACUUAAGACCUUCGAUAUUAUAUCAACAGGGAAAAGUGACUGACAAGGCCUUGGACCACGUGUUCUGAGGAGACACGGAGAGAAGGAAGGAAGGAAAAAGGAAGGAAGGUGUUCCCUUUUGCUUCUUACUGUAUACAGAUGUAUGCUGAGAAAGUUCUGUCGGAGGGGAAGAUGGCGAACAGGGGACUCUCUCUGACCUGUGUGUUGACGCCCUGCCGUGUCAUUGGGGUGUGUAUGACCCUGAUGACCUUGGGAGCCGUCGGAGCCGCCGUCUGGGCCGUAGUUUCGUAUUGUACAAUGGAGGAAGACUCCGGGCUGUAUGAUGUCCAGGUGACUUCUCUGGACCAACGUCUCAGAGUCUUUGACCCCGCCCACAAGAGGUGGCGACAGGUGUGUUCCUCCUCAGCCAAUGAGCUGCUAGCUAGCAUCAGCUGUGAAGAAGUGGGCUUUGUCAGUAUGGUGAAUUACUCGGUCACAUCGGUGCCGGAGGCCAGCGGAGACGGCGGGGAGUUCUUCUGUGUCCGAGAGCAAGAGCUCAGCUACGGCAAGAAAAUCGAAGACUCAUUGUUCCCAUGUGACUGUGAGAGCAGGGAGGUUCUCACACUUCUGUGUCAAGACUGUGGCAGGCGUAGUUUCGCAGCGGACCGUAUAGUUGGAGGUGUGGAUGCCAGGCAGGGCGGCUGGCCUUGGCAGGUCAGACUGGAGUACGAUGGAGUCCAUCAGUGUGGAGGCGCCAUCAUCUCCAACCGCUGGAUCGUCUCUGCAGCUCACUGCUUCAGAGAGCGAUAUCGCACCGUUAAUCGCUGGCGUGUGCUGCUGGGCUCGAUCUACAGCAAACCAGUUAACGCUAACGUGGCGGAGGUGAACACCAUCGUUUACCACAGCAGCUACCUGCCCUUUGUGGAUGCUAGCAUCGACGACAACAGUAGGGACAUCGCUGUUCUUGCCCUCACACAGCCCCUCACUUUCAACGAAUAUGUGCAGCCUAUUUGCCUGCCAGCCUAUGGUCAAAGACUGGUAGACGGACAGAUGGGAACAGUAACAGGCUGGGGAAAUAUAGAUUACUAUGGUAUUCAAGCAGAUAUUCUGCAGGAAGCGAACAUCCCCAUCAUCAGUGACGCAGUGUGUAACGGUCCUGAUUACUAUGACAACCAGAUCACCACCAGUAUGUUCUGUGCUGGUUAUGAGAAAGGAGGCACUGACGCCUGCCAGGUCAGAGGAGACAGCGGUGGCCCUCUUGUUGCAGACGACUGCUUCUCUAAGAGCAGGAGGUAUCGUCUGAUGGGGGUGGUGAGCUGGGGGAUCGGCUGCGCCUUGGCCAAGAAACCGGGCGUCUACACCCGAGUGUCCAGAUUUCUGCCCUGGAUGUCUACAGCCAUGAGGAACUAUAACAACACGCCGGGGCUUCACAAAAUGGCCCGGACUUGAGACUCUUGCUCUUAUGUUUCCACCUUUUUCUGCUCUUGAAUGGAGAGCUGUGACGUUCUCCACAUAUCAUGGUUGUUCAUUCCCCUUCUUAACUAAAACGUUUUUCAUAUUGUGGAUUCAACCUCUUCCUGAACCUAAACACAACGUAAAUGCCCACCAAGACUCCUAAUAAACACACAGACAGGGCUCUUUAAAAAACAAAGACUUAUGGAAGUAGAUUAACUUACUUUUUUAAAGGUGUUCAGACAGUUUUUAUAUCGAUGGAUCUGGACAAAAACAGAGAGAAUCUUUUUUCCUGAAACUCUCCAAAUCUCUUAACACAGAGGGGACACAUAUGUAUGUAUAAAAUACAUGAAAAAGUGAAUUUUGCACAAUAGGUGACCUUUAAAGGAAAGAAACUGAUUAAAAAUUAUCGCUUUAUCACAAUAUAAGAUACCAUUUUUGUAAAAAAUCAAUACAUUGAAUUCAGCCUUGUAAAUGCACAUUUAAAAAUUAUAGAUGUAAUAACAAGGGUUCAUUAAUGAUGAGUUUUACAUUUGUUAUGUCUAGGUGUUACUCUAUGCCAUGUGGGACACACACACACACACACACACACACACACACACACACACACACACACACACACACACACACACACACACACACACACACACACACACACACAAUGAGAGAUCUAAGAAAACCAUGAACUUGUGUGUUCUAUUUGGUAAAAUCAAAGCACACUUACAACUUUUCACAUCUUUUUUAUAAUUAAACUCUGGUGUAAUACAUGUUAUGUCUUUUUAUAUGCAGUAUACUGACUUUUGUAUGAAAAAUUAUUAUUAAUUCAAGAUCUGUCUUCAUAAAAUCCCCACAUGGAGUUGAUGCUUCUAUUGAAAACAGUAUGUUGUUAAUGUCUUGUAAAUAUUAGUAAUGUUUUGUUUAUGUAUAUGUUUAUUUGAGACAUGUUGCAUUUGAUUUACAUUUCUCAAAGCCAACUGGCAGGAGUGUGUAUACUCAAUCAUGACCAAUAGUAUUAUAUACUAAAACGCCCCCUCUGCUACUACAGUAAUACUUCAAAUAAACCACCAAUAUUACAGCAAUACGAUAUACAAUAUAGAUGGUGUCACUAUGUCACAUGCACACUUGUAUGGUUGAGAUUAAAGUGGCAGGGUGCUUUAAAUCUUUAUAUUGCUUUUACAUUACGUUGACCUUACACUUUAAAAUAAGAGUGUUUUAUUGUAUUACAUUGAGACACACAAAAGGACAAAAGCACUGGAUUUUAGAUUUGACUACACUGUGAAAUGUGGAUGUUUGAGAUGACACACUUGAUAGCACACUGAAAAGUGCACAACUGUAUUUAGAAAAAAGUCUAAAUUCUUAUGUGGAAUUCUACUAUUGAAUCUGAAUCCACAAAGUCCAAAUGACUUUCCAGAAGUUUUACAUUUGAUCGAUGAAGUGAUGCAUGUACAUUUAUGGCCAUUUUCAUGUGUGAAAGAGAACAUUGAUAUUGUUAAAUGUAAAUUGUAGCAUUGUGUAUUGUAUUGAAAUAAAAAUAAAACAAUUUGCCCAUAG